UAGAGUAAAACCUGUUCAACACCACAUGAUCGGACAGCAGCAUGGACAGGUUCAUUUCAGCACCAUCCGAUCAUGAGGCUCCUACCUGUACUGGCUUUCACCCUUCUUCUCUGCGCCUUGUGCGUACGGGCAGACGAGCAAAAGGUUGAAGAAGAAGUUAAGGAAGAAGUUGAGGAACAUGUUGAGAAAAAAGAGGACAAUUCUGAAGAGGAUCCAGAACCAGAAAAGACGGACGAAAUUACAGAGGAGAAAAACGUCAUGGUCCUUCAUAGCGUCAACUUCGACAGGGCGUUGAAUGAGAACAAGUACCUGCUCGUGGAGUUUUAUGCCCCGUGGUGUGGUCACUGUCGUUCCUUGGAGCCCAUAUAUGCUGAGGUGGCCUAACAGCUCAAGAAAGAGUCUUCAGAUGUGCGACUGGCCAAAGUAGAUGCGACAGAUGAAAGGGAACUUGCCAAAGAGUUCAACAUCGACGGUUUCCCCACAAUUAAAUUCUUCAAAGACGGCAACAGGCAAAGCGCCACAGAUUUUACUGGAAAGCGAACUGUUAUGGGUAUCAGUAGAUGGCUGGAGCGACACACAGGACCGAGCGCUACUGUUCUGAGUGAUGUAAAGAGCGCAAAGGCACUGCUGGACUCCAACGACGUGGUGGUGGUCGGAUUCUUCCAGGAUCUGGAAGGGGAGGAGGCAAAGACUUUUUAUGAUGUAUCUUUAACUGUAGUGGAGGUCAACUUUGGCAUCACAAGUAAUCCGGAGCUCUUUAAGAAGUAUGAUGUGAAGGGCGAUGCAGUGGUGCUCUUUAAAAAGUUUGAUGAUAAGCGUGCAGACAUGGUGCUUUCCAAAGAUGACAAGCUAGACAAAGAUGACCUGAUUUCCUUCAUCAAUUCCAACCGUGUAGAGCUUGUCAUUACAUUCAAUGAAGAGAAUGCUGAUCAUAUUUUUGGCUCUAAAAUCCAUAAACACUUUAUUCUAUUCAUAAAUUCAACUGUGGAAUCCCACAAUGCACUGCUGGAGGAUUUUAGAGCCGUUGCCAGCGAGUUUAAGGACAAAGUGCUCUUCAUCAAGAUUGACAUUUCAUCUGACAAAGUGAACCACGUGCUACAAUACUUCAGUCUUUCUGAAAAUGAUGUUCCUAUUACUCGCCUCAUCAACACAGAGACCGUGAUGAAAUACGCAAUGAAUGAAACAGUCAUCAAUAAAGACACAUUAAGAACAUUUUGUCAGGGAGUGCUGGGUGGUACAGUACAGCCCCAUUUGAAGAGUCAAGAAAUUCCAGAAGACUGGGACAAGAAUCCUGUUAAAGUCCUUGUAGGGAAGAACUUUGCCGAAGUGGCUUUUGAUGACACUAAGAAUGUCUUUGUGGAAUUCUAUGCUCCGUGGUGUGGCCACUGUAAGGAGCUGGCACCUAUCUGGGAUGAGUUGGGUGAGAAGUACAAAGACCAUGAGAAUAUAAUCAUUGCUAAAAUGGAUGCCACGGAAAAUGAGGUGGAGGAGGUCUCCGCACACGGAUUUCCCACCUUUAAAUUCUUUCCUGCUGUGGCUGAAAAGAAGAUUGUCGACUAUAAUGGACAGAGGGAUGUAGAGACUUUCUCAAAGUUCCUGGAUAAUGGUGGAGUGUUACCAGAAGGAGAGGAUGAAGAUGACGAAGAUGAUGAUGAGGAUGAGGAUAAAGAUGAUGUAUCAGCUGAACCGACCGAGGAGUCCCCAAAAUCUACCAAUGAAACCAGCAAGGACGAGUUGUAAAACAAGAUAAAUCAACUGAAAUCAAUGCCAUGCAUGAGCCCAUGUAUUUUAUCGCAAUAUAAUUUCUUCUGCACUGGACAAUUUCAACAAAUGAAAUACCUGACUAAAUUGAACAAAAAAAACUUAAUAACGUGGACGUUUAGUUUAUGGUCAUGAUUUACAAUUUCAGUGAAGAUCUGUGAUGUACAAUCACUUUAAAAUAUACAAUAUUCUGUUUAAGAAAAAAUUGUUGAGUGAGUUUCAUGAAAUCUGUCAUCCAGUUUUUAAAACCCCAAAAUAAAAAAGUUUUUCAAAUAAAAAGAUAUAAAACGAAUAAAACUCGGUUGUUGUAUAACUGUCCUGUAUAACAUUCAUAAUAAUCUUACUUUCAUUCCGGUAAAGCAAGCGAUGCCAUUUACAUUUUAAUACAUUUAAAAACAGCAUUUUUUAUCAUCAUUUUGGUAUUUGUGGUUCUACCCUUAUAAUUUUAUGUAUAUGAUUUAAAAAUAUAUUUUAUGUAGACCCCUAUUGGGAACAAUAACAAUAACAUCAUGUUAUUUGAUUUUUUUGCCUUUUUAUAAUAAUUUUCAUCAUAAGCAUUUGAUCUAAAUUACUGCUGUCCCUGAUGACGACACUGUGCUCACUGAAACAAUUUUUAAGAACAGAUCCUUAAGACAGCCUGGAGGCCAAAGAAUAACUUAUUACAUCAAAAGU